AUGGAGGAUGAGCGGAGCUUUUCGGAUAUCUGCGGCGGCCGCCUGGCCCUGCAGCGCCGCUACUACUCCCCGUCCUGCCGGGAGUUCUGCCUCAGCUGCCCUCGGCUCUCGCUGCGUUCGCUUACGGCUGUCACCUGCACGGUGUGGCUGGCGGCCUACGGACUCUUCAGCCUCUGCGAGAACAGCAUGAUCCUCUCUGCUGCCAUCUUCAUCACCCUCUUAGGUCUGCUUGGUUAUCUCCAUUUUGUAAAGAUUGACCAGGAGACUCUGUUAAUCAUUGAUUCCCUUGGCAUUCAGAUGACUUCAUCUUAUGCUUCAGGCAAAGAAAGUACUACCUUCAUAGAGAUGGGCAAGGUCAAGGAUAUUGUCAUCAAUGAGGCUAUUUACAUGGGUCUCACUCUGUUGCCCAGGCUGGAGUGCAGUGGCAUGAUCACAGCUCACUGCAGCCUCAAAUUCCCAGGCUUAAGCCAUCCUCCCACCUCCGCAUCCCAAGUAGCUGUGACUACAGCAAAAGGUGAUUUAUUACCUCUGCAUCUUACUGAAGGAUCCAGUGGAACCACAUGGGAUAUCACAAGUAGUACCCGUCUUCCAGAGUGCCAAGCCCCGGCUGGACUGCUUGAUUGAAGUAUACAGGAGCUGCCAGGAGAUCCUGGCACAGCAGAAAGCCACAUCUACAAAUCCAUGAGGCCCAGCAUUCAGAAGGCCAGGAUUGUCUUUCAAAGGAGAUGACUUUUAAGCCAUAGUGGCUGGUUUUCCAUACUUUAAACCAUCAGGUGGACACAGUCCUAGGAACCAGUAUGGAUGUAGUGCAUCUCAGAGCCACAGAGCAGGUGACUGGAAAUCUAACUCAAUGUACUUCUGUGUAUUACAGUGUUUUCCUUGUAAGGUUUUGCCUACUUUACCAAAGGAGGGGAGACCUUAAGAAUUUUGACACAGUAUGUCAAAAGUAAUGUCAGCAAAGCACUUUGUGAAAUUGCUAAGCAUAUUCAGGUUUACUUUGUGUUAAUGUUUGUGAAGUAAAACAGGAAACUACCAUCAACUGUCUUGAGAAAGGUAUACUUACCAAUUACAUAGUACCCCUGUGUCAAGUUACAAAAAAAAAAAAAAUCAAGCCCAUCUGGUACUGGUUAGCAGGAAGGAAUGUCCUACAAAAGACGAGUCUGUCAACCUAGCACCUGUGUUCUCUACAGGGCUUAUUUACGACUCUCUUAAUAAACAGAUCUCCUUCUGAAACAAGUUACCUGGUUCAUGGAUAGCUGCUUUUUAUUGACAAACAAGAUCAUGGCAUUUCAGUCAUGGUGUCAAGCACAUUAAUACUUUUCUGUUACUCAGCAUUUAAAAAAUCAUUUUAAAAGAUACUUUUGCCAAGAGGGAUGAGACAAAAGGCCAGACAGAAAUUUGACUUUGGUUUUCAGACAUGGGACUCCAUGUUAACAAAGAAUAAAUAAGCAAAUCAUUGAA